ACAGCUACACUACCUCAAUUGGGAGGCCCGAGAGCCAGAGAGGAGUCGGAUAUGGCUCACAUAUUACGGCCGGUGAUUCGGUGGCCGCGAUGGCAGCAUAGCCGCUGCUUGCGCGCAGCGCUUCACGAUCUACUCCGCUCUUCUUCAGAAAUCGCUGCUGAUACUCCUGGCAUCCAACGUCCAUCAUUGGCAGCCGCCUAUUCAUCUAAGCGAGACAUUCAUUUCCGUUCGCGCGGCCUCAGACUGCCCAACGCUCCGGCGCCAUCCGAUUUUAGGGAAACCGAAAGCGACGACUCGGAUCCCGAUGCAAAGAAGAGCCGGAAUCAGAAGAAGCGCGAGGCUCGGCGCUGCGUUCGGUGGGGAAUGGAGCUUGCUUCCUUCUCCAGUCCUCAAAUCAAACGCAUUCUCAAAGCUGCUUCGCUGGAGCGAGACGUGUACGACGCUAUCAUGCUAGUGAAGAGAUUAGGUCGUGACGUCCGAGAAGGAAAGCGAAGGCAGUUCAAUUACAUAGGAAGACUGCUAAGGGAAGUAGAGCCUGAAUUGAUGGAUGGUUUGAUUGAGGCUACAAAGGAUGGUGAUCAAAGCAAGUUUCAGGCAUUAUCUGGCUUAGAAAAUUGGGUGGUUGGAGAUGACGAGGAAGAAGUAGAAGAAGCCUAUUAUGAUGAUGAAGACGAGGGUUCCAAUAACUACAUUGACGUAGCAAACAGAUGGUUUGAUGGCCUCAUAAACAAGGAUGUUAAUGUUACCAAAGAAAUCUAUUCGGUUCAAGAUGUUGAUUUUGACCGUCAGGAAUUACGUAGACUUGUGAGGGAAGUACACUCCUUGCAGGAGCGGCAAAUAGCAAUAGAGGAGAAUAAGGGCAGGGAAGAUGCAAUACUGAUUGGUGCCAAGCGGUCACUCACCCAUUUUCUACGAACCCUUGCAAAGCAAUUGCCAACCGAGUAGAGGCAGAGCCUUAUAUGGUCUGCUAUGGUCUUUUACAUCCCAUACCCCUUUACGCAUUCAGGGUGAUAUGCAGGAAUUAGUGUCUCCUUCUCCACGUCCACAUUUAUUUGAAAACCGUAAUUGGCAACCACUCAUCUCCAAAAAGAUAAUGGGUCCACAUUAUCCUUCCCUUCUAUAGCAGUUUCUAUCUUAGGCCUUGCAAUCUGUACCCAACUUGCCUCUUCACUCAUUCUUCUCACUAGAAUAUAUACUUUAACCACAUCACCACUUCUAGCUAGAUAAUUUAUCAUGUUGUAGGUGCUGUUGAAGAUGGGUUUUGUGGGUGACAUAGAGGGUUAAAUAUUGGUAUCUGUUGCAUUAGAGAUAGCUCUAGCUGGUUUGCUAAUAUCGGCGUGAAUCUUUGAUUGCUUGUACUAGCAAUAAUGGAUCAGUGUUUUAUAACCGAGGUAUAUACUUAUAUGGAUCUGCAGAUACUAUGGCUUCAGGGAU